AUGGCGGCUUCAGUAGAGCUCACUGCCCCUAAUGGGCGAACAUACCUCCAGCCCACAGGACUAUUCAUCAACAACAAAUGGGUGCAGUCGUCGGAUGGAGGUAGAAUAGCCAGCAUAAACCCAACCAACGAGCAAGAAAUAGUAUCAGUCUCCGCCGCAACAAGCCAAGACGUCGACAAUGCGGUAAAAGCAGCACGAGAGGCCCUACAGCACUCAAGCUGGCGAGACCUGCCUGGAACGGACCGCGGCAAGCUCUUGGGGCGGCUCGCUCAGCUCAUGGACGACCAUCGGGAGACCUUGGCCACGAUCGAGACCUGGGACAAUGGCAAGCCAUAUUCAGUGUCACUCAAUGACGACCUGACCGAGGCGGUCGAGACGCUCAGGUAUUAUGCUGGAUUCGCAGAUAAGGUGUUUGGCCAGGUGAUAGAGACGAGGCUAGAGAGGUUUGCUUACACUGUCCGCGAACCGGUUGGAGUGUGUGGCCAGAUCAUACCGUGGAACUACCCCCUGGCAAUGGCGGCCUGGAAGCUCGGCCCUGCUCUGGCCUGCGGCAACACGGUCGUCCUCAAGCCAGCAGAGCAGACCCCGCUCUCCAUCCUGUUCGUCGCCAACCUCGUGGCCGAGGCCGGCUUCCCACCCGGCGUCGUCAACAUCGUCAACGGCCUCGGGACCGUCGCGGGUGCGGCCCUCGCCUCCCACCCGGACGUGGACAAGAUCGCCUUCACGGGCUCCACGGCCACGGCAAAGCAGAUCAUGAAGAUGGCCAGCGGCAACCUGAAGAACAUCACGCUCGAGUCGGGCGGAAAGAGCCCGCUGAUCGUGUUCGACGACGCGGACCUGGACCUGGCGGCCUACUGGGCCCACGCGGGCAUCAUGUCGAACCAGGGCCAGGUCUGCAGCGCGACGUCGAGGAUCCUGGUCCAGGGCGCCGUCUACGACAGGUUCCUGGCAAAGUUCCGCGAGCAGGUGUCCAAGAUCUCCAAGGUCGGCGACCCAUUCGACGAGGGCACGUUCCAGGGGCCCCAGGUCUCCAAGGCCCAGCUCGAGAGGGUUCUUUCCUAUGCCGAGCUCGGCAAGCAGGAGGGCGCGAGGCUCGAGCUUGGAGGCCGGCCUUUCUCGUCCGACGGCAAGGGCUUCUUCGUUGAGCCGACGGUCUUCACCGGCGUCACCCCACAGAUGAGGAUCUUCCAGGAGGAGGUCUUUGGCCCUUUUGUGGUUAUCAGCCGCUUCGAGACCGAGGAGGAGGCCUUGGCCCUCGCCAACGGUACCCAGUACGGCCUGGGGAGCGCCCUCUUUACUACCAACCUGAUCCGUGCCCACACCGUGGCUAAGAAGAUCCAGGCUGGCGUUGUGUGGAUCAACUCAAGUAACGACAGCGACUGGCGGGUGCCUUUUGGUGGUGUAAAGCAGAGCGGCAUUGGUAGGGAGCUUGGCGAGGCUGGUCUUGCCGCCUACUCAACCAUCAAGGCCGUUUAUGUGAACCUUGCCACGCCAUCGAAGCUUUAG